AUGCCCCCUGCUUUGCCGACAUUUCAAGAGCACAAAAAGGGAUAUCUUGCUCUUUUUGGAGGAUUCCUUAUUCAUAUUAUGAUUGGAACAUUUUACUUAUGGGGAAAUAUCAAUAUCUAUGUUACAAGUUACUUAAGGUAUAAGAAAAAUGAUGUUACGACAGACAUUCUGAAUUCAACAUUUCCAUUUAUGGGUAUGACUAUGGGAUUUAUGACUCCUUUUGGUUUAGAUAUUGCAAAAAAGUAUGGUAUUUAGAAAACCACUUUUUGUUGCUCAUUGUUCUUUAGUUUAUGCGCAUUUGUAGCAUCCUUUUAAACUGAUUAUUUAGCAUUCACUCUUAUAUAUGGUCUUUUAUCAGGCAUCGCAUCUGGAAUUGUUUACAUGAUUCCCUACUAUGUUUCAUAUUGUCAUUUCCCUCACCAUAAAGGAUUGGCCAGUGGAGUUAUAAGUGCUGGAUUUGGUUUUUCUACCUUUGUUUUUAGUUGGAUUGUUUAUUUUAUAGCAAAUCCAGACAAUGUUCAUCCUAUAUUUAAUGAAACUACUUAAGAGAUGUAUUUCCCUGAUGAAGUUUCUGUAAGAAUUCCCGGUUUAUUUAGAACUCUUUCAUUUAUAUUUGUGGUAAUAGGAGGAGUCGGAAGCUAUUUAUGUAUUCCUCCACCUGAAGACGAGCUGCAUAUAUCAGAAGAAAAUCAAAAUUAACUUUAAAACUAAUUAAUUGAUUAAGAAUAGUAAGCUGACUAGCCUAAAAUCUAUAACGAGUGCCAAGAUAUAAGAUCUGGACUAUAAACACCUUUCAUUUACAUAUCUAUACUUUUGAUGACUUUAUACGGCUCAUAAGGAAACUUAAUUAUGGACAAUUUCAAACCAAUAGGUUCUUAAAUUGGUAAGUUUUCUGAUGCUUAUCUUACUUUAGUUGGAAGUAUAGGAAGUCUCUUUAAUGGCUUUAUUAGAUUAUUAUGGGGAAGAGCUCUUGACAAAUAUGGUUUUAAGAAUUUAGCAUUUUUGAAUUUGAGCAUCGAACUCUUUUUAAUGCUUACCUUUUACUUUGCAUGCUAAUUUUAAACUACUUUCAUUAUUUGGGUGUUGGGCAUAUUUGCAUGCUUUGGUGGAUGGAGUGCUAAAGUUCCCGCUUUAUUAGCAGAAAUCUAUGGAAAAAAGAUUGGAACUAUGUUUUAUGGAAUCACAGUGUAGGGAUUUGUGGUCUCAUGCUGGCUGCAAUUUUUUAUAGUUUAAAACUAUAGAAUUAAGAUGGGUUGGUUUAUGAUAUUUAUGCUUUAUUCAGUGCUAAUAUCAAUAGGAUUAAUAAUUACUAAAUACACUAACUUCCAUAUUGACUGGUAGGAGUUUUACAGCAAGCGUAACAAAUUAUAACAAUCUAAGUAACAGAUAAAUAGUUUGGAAGAGUUCUAGAUGUCAGAAAUAUUCGAUGCUACUAUUUCAGAUUCCAAAAUUAAUAAGAAUAAAUUUUAAAAAUGA